ACUUAAUUCAUUUUCUUAGAUAUCAUACCAAGAUGUCAGCAUACAUCUGCACCGAGUUCCUAAGCCUGAACUUAAAGGACCUGCCCUCGAUGUCCACCACCGUCAACCUGAACGUAGCCCAAUUUACACAGCGCGACCUGAAUCUGUUCAUCGACAGUCUGGAGUCCAUAUCACGACUACAGAAUAAGCGGCACGAGCUUCGCCAGCUCCGGCAGGCGCAAAAACUUCAUCGGGCUCGAAUGACAGACCUGAACGUCGAGCGCUGCUCCAGUCCUACAUUCAGUGCCGACGAGGCCUUUGAUGAGCCGCUUUUAUACCUAGAGGCCAAAUGCAUUUCUUAUGCGGUGUCUGAUGCCUUGAAUGUCAAAAGCUUCAAUUUACCUGGGCUGCCCGAGAACUACACCUGCGGCGACGAAGCCUAUGACAGUAGCUCCCAUUCACCACGCAGCAGCGUCACUUAUUAUAGCUGCGACGGCGUCUCCUGCCCGGAUUCAAUUUCCGCUGAAUCGGGAGUCCACGGUUCCGUUUCUGCACCACCGGUGCGACCCCGCUCCCAGGUGAUAACGCGGUCCAAGCAUCGCUCCACUGGAUACCGCAUUAUCAGUAUGGUGUUGAAGAGGGAGUACGUCAAGACCCCUUACUCUGAGCACCCACAACAAAGCGAGGAAGGCAAGAAGGAUAAUAUGCACCAGUAUCCACAAAAAAAUUUGAAGGAAAAGAGUUUUCUGGACAAAGCCCUGCGGUAUCUUACCUUAUAGUUUAUAUCGGAUAGAAGGUCAAAGCCCGUUUUAAUAUUCGAAGCUUGUAGGUUUAUUUGUAUAACAUAUUUGUAUUUCGAAAGCACAGCGAAACUAACCUCCUUAUACGCUACAGUCUCAGUUUAUUCGAUAAGUAGACCUAUUAAAAAGUAUGAAUAAAUCUUUACACCUUAACAUACAAUGUACCAUUAUAAACUCACAAAACUGACAAAAA